AUGGAUCUCUACCCGGCCAUCAUCCUGGAAGGAAUACGAAAAGGAUCAAUUGGCACACCCAUGGCACAAGAGACAAUUUUCGGAUGGGUAGUUUCUGGGCCACAAACUACUACACAAGCUCAGGACCAGCAAGUAUACGCGUCAGUGAAUUACUGCAUAAUCAGAGAGCCACUGGACGACUUGAUCCGCAAAUUCUGGGAACUGGAGGAGCUCUCAGUCUCCGCUAGCCUGAGUAAAGAAGAUCAGGAGUGCGAGGACCACUUCAAGGCUACCUACACGCGAGACAAGAGUGGAAGGCAUUCAGUACAUCUCCCACUGAAGAGCGCGCUACCUCUCGACAUUGGAGAAUCAUACAGCAUCGCAAGGAAGUGUCUCGAGAGACAGAGAAAACGCUUCCGAGCCACACCGCAACACCAAGCCGAAUACGACAAGUUUCUUCAAGAGUAUUUGGAGCUGGGGCAAAUGUCAUUGUCACCAAGCAGAGAUAAACCAGGCCAAAAACCAGUGUACUUCCCACCCCAUGCAGUUCUUCGAGAAGACAGCACGACCUCACCGAUCAGAGUCGUUUCCAACGCGUCUAGCCGAACGACAAACGGAUCGACACUCAACAAUCACCUCCACGUCGGACCUCAGCUGCUGCCCGACCUGCUGGACGUCAUCCUGAAGUGGAGAAUGCACGCAGUCGUCUUUCGCGCCGACAUUGAUAAAAUGUUCAGACAAAUUCUCAUGACUCCUGAGGAUAGACACCUCCAGAGAAUUCCAUGGCAACCAUCAGGCUCCAAGGAAGUGAAAUCAUAUGACCUGCGAACAGUGACGUAUGGCACAGCACCAGCUCCGUACCUACCCAAUCGCACGUUGAGACAACUGGCAGUGGAUGAACGCCGCAGAUUCCCUCGAGCAGCCGCGAUCCUCGAGAAUGAUUUCUACGUUGACGACGUACUGACUGGAGCAUCAUCAGUCCAGGAAGCCAGAGGGAUUCAGGAGGAAUUGCAGUUGUUGUUACGUUCCGGAGGAAUGAACUUGAGGAAACGGGCAUCUAGUCAUCCCGAGAGUCUCGCGUCAGUCCCACAUCAGGCAUUAGCACGCGAUUUAACCUCAGAACUAGAUCAGAAGGAGACAGUGAAGGUUCUCGGUGUUCAAUGGAACCUAAACCUCGACGCAUUCAAGUUCUCGGUAGCAGCAGACAACCCGAGCAAAGCGACAAACGCGGAAUCCUCUCCACAGUCGCUAGAAUCUUUGGUCCCGCGGGCUGGCUAA